AGUUUUACCUACCAAGCACAUUGCAAAAAACAAACACGUGGAAAGUUAAAAAUGAUAAAUAAAAACAAUCAAUUUACUUGUGGAAUAUUAAGUUAAAGUUGACAAUAUCUUAAGUUGUUUGUGUUUUUCUUUUCCAAGUAAACCCUUCGAAUCUAGAUAAACACCGAUUUUAUCUUAAUUCAAAAUUGAAAAACUGAAAAAUAAUCAUAACUACAUUCUAACCUAAAAAAUUUUCAAAUUUAUAUAUAAAUUGCAUAAAUUGAAUGAAUUAACCAAAUAAACUAAAAACUGUACUAAAAAAAUUCUAGGAGAGUAAAUAAUAAACUCAAAAAUAGUGGUUUAAGUGCAAAUUUUUUUUUACAAUCUAUUUUAAGUAUAAAUUUGCAAUACAACCUCAAAAAUUAAAAAUUUUUAAAAACACAAUAACGACAAUAACGACUCUCAUUCUAAAGAAAUAAUUAUGAAUUUUACAACCGAUUGCAUUGAACAAUGUUCUCCACGAAUUGGAACACUGUCUGGAUUCAAAAGAUUCCCAGGAAUGAAAUUUGCAACCCCCCUUUUACUAAUGUACACAAAGAAAGGCAGUAUACCACAUUUAACUAAAGAAGUUCAACGAAUGACAGGGGUAAACAUUAAGCAACAAAUUCUAUCAAUUUCAUUGCCGACAAUUAUAUCCAUGAAGGAGAUUCUAAAACAAUACAAUUCCUUCCUAGAAUUUGUAAAUAUGCAGGAACAUUUGACAUUUCUAUCAAUUCAAGAUCCGAGCGAAUUAACAAACAAGGGUUUUCAACAAACAGAAUCAAUUGCAGUUUGGUCGCGACACGGAAGACAUUCUCUAACUGCUGAGGAAUAUAUGGAAAUUGUUGAUAUAAUAAAACCAGAUAUCUACCUUGCAUUAUGUGAUGGAGACACGGAUCGCGAUAGCACUGGAAAACGUGCACAAAAAUCAGUGAGGCGUAGUCAAUAUUUAUUAGAAAAAUGCUUAGAAAAACACAAUAAUUCGGAAACAUUAAAAUUUAGCGGAAUUCUAGGAGCAGUGGAAGGUGGCUAUGAAAUCAUUGAGAGGGAAAAAUGUAUAAAGUAUUUAAAAAAUAAAGAUUUACUCGGUUACGUUAUAGACGGACUACAUCGAAAUGGACCCGAGACUGCCGCAAUAAAAUACGAAGAAAUAAACAAAAUAAUGCAACACACUAUAAAUAUGCUACCAAAAGAAAAACUGCGAGUAACAAUGGGAUGUUGGAAUCCAAUUGUUGUUUUGGAUUUAAUAGGACUAGGAGUGGAUGUAUUCGAUUCCUCGUACGCUUUCUUAAUAACAGAACAAUUAAAAGCCUUUACCUUUCAGUAUGAGAGUAAUAACUUACACCAAAUUGAUGAAACGCUACCUGAAAUAUCACUAAACGAUAAAAGGUACGCCGAGGAUUUUUCACCGAUUUCUCCAAAUUGCAUUUGUCUAACCUGCAAAAAUCACACGAAAGCCUACAUUCACCAUUUAUGCCAAGCGAAAGAAUUACUCGCACAAGUACUCCUAAUGAUACACAACACUCAUCACUACAUUCAGUUUUUCGAAGCGAUUCGAACCAAUUUGACGAAUGGAACAUUCCCCGAAUUUCGCAAAACUAUUCAAAUCCAAUUUGAAUCACAAAUAACUUCGUGAUGACAUAUUUUUCGUAAUAAAGAGGUUUUUUAAAAAUAA